ACUCACCAAAUUUUUGCUGCCUCACAGCCUGACUACAAUCUGAAAAAAUUGGGUCAUCGGCAUACUCGAAUCUAAAGAUUUAUGUCCACUUAACCAGAAUUCAGAAACACGUUACAAGCUACAAUGUACAUUGCACUUUGAUAAAUAAAACUGUUUGUUAUACAAUGUAGGCUGGCUGAUAAAAUAUUUAUGUAUGUGUAUGUACACUGCAUCUUAUAGUAUUGAGGAUGGGUCAAGGCCCAAGUUUUUCAGAUCCUGCUCAUCAUGUUGGACGUUUGCAGGCUAACAUUGAAAUAAUGCAUCGAAUAGCAAAUUUAAACCAUGAAGAUUUUAAAAACUCUAUUAAAGAACUCAAUGCAAUAACACACAGUUUUACUGAUCAUAGAGGAAAACAACUACAUUUUUCUAUUAAAAAAGGAACUGAUGAUACUAUAUGGUGGAAAGGUUUAGCCAGAGUUCGAUGUGUAAAGCUUAAUUCAUUGACAAAAAGAGUUGAAUCAUCAAGAUUAUUAAAUCUAAAACAGUAUAUAACUAUGUAUAAAGAAAUAACAGAGCAAGUGUCCAGUUUAUCUCAAACUCAACCAACACUCGAAUCUAUGCCCCAUGACAUCACAGCCUCCUGUAUAUUUCAAGGAGUAAAAGAUGGUGAUUUAACCAAUGCUGAUGUGGAAUGUUGCAUUUGUAUGGAACGUAAAUCAGAAAUCAUUCUUCCUUGUAGUCAUGAAUUCUGUGAAACUUGUAUUGAUUCAUGGAAUGUGUCUCAUAAUACCUGCCCUCUGUGUCGUAGUAAAGUAGAAAGUACUGAUGAUACCUGGGUAUUGACUGAAAAACCAAGCAGUGCUGAUUAUGAUUCUGAGGUCAAAGGUUAUUUAGUAGGAUUAGCUGAUCGGACAGGUUCACCUUAAAUUGGUAUUAAAACUUCUUUUCAUUGUUUUUUUUUAUCUUGUCUUUUAUACGCCCACAUUUUCAUGUGGACGUAUAUUGUCGUCGCCCCUGUCCGUCCGUCUGUCCACAUUUUGUUUGUGGACUCUCUACAGGUCACAAUUUUUAUCCAAUUCAAAAUAUAGGUCUAUCUCUCAAAGAUCUCGGUUACUUUCGAUAUUGGCAUGUAUCAGACCAUAACUUCAUGCAUUAUGACCCCUGAUUGUACGAAAAAUCACGUUUUUAGCUUGUGGAAACUCUAGAGGUCACAAAUUUUGAUCCAAUGUUGAUAAAACUUGAAAUGCAUGUUUAUAAUGCAAAUGUCUUGUUUCCUUUCAAUAUUUGCGCAUAUCGGAUCGUAACUUCCUGAAUUAUGGCCCCUGAUUUUACGAAAGAUCGUGUUUUUAGCUUGUGGUCCCUAUAGAGGUCACUAUUUUUAUCGGAUUUAAAAAAAAAAACGUGAUGGUUGAGUUCGAAUUUCAUCAAAUAGUGUAAAUAGUGUAAAAAUAUGGUAUAUCAAGGUUGUGGACUCUCUAGAGGCCACAGUUUUUAUCCAAUUUGGAUGAAACUUUAAAUAUAUGUUUUUAUCAUAAAGAUCUUGUUUCGUUUUGAUAAUCACACAUAUCCGAACGUAACUUCCUGGAUUAUGACCCCUGAUUGGUCGAAAAAUCGCAUUUUUAGCUUGAGGAUUCUCUAGAGGUCACAUUUUUUUCCCGAUUUUAAAAAACAUUUAGAUAUAUCACCAUUCCCCCAUAAUGAGCGUUGAAUUCGAAUUUUGGAAAAAUCGAAAUGAAACUGCCUGACAAAAUGGCCGCUCUUUGUACGCAAAUUGUGUAUAAGUAUGUAAUACAAAAGUUAUGGACCCUCUAGAGUUCACAAUUUUUAUCUGAUUUUGUUGAAACUUAAAACAAGUCUUUAUAUUCCAAAUAUCUGAGUCCGUUUUGAUAUUUGCACAUUCAGACCAUAACUUUCUGGAUUAUGGCCCCUGAUUGUACAAAAGAUCUUUUUUGUUUUUAGCUUGCAAAAUGUGGGUGUAUCUGCCUGGCAGCCGUUUUUUGUUUUUUUAAAUAGAGAAUUCAUAUUUUGAAAUAAGGUUUUGAUACUGAGUUAUUACAUUUUUAGUCUGAUAUUGUUUAAUUCAUAGAAAAGAUUGAAUUUAUAUGCAUUAUUCAGUUAUUAAUGAUGUGAUAUGUACAUUUUCUAUUAAAUUUUGUAACAGGGAUUGGAAAUCUUCCUUUGUUCUUUUCGUUGAAUAAGCAGAUUGUUUUCCCUCUAGUAGAUUGGGUGGAGCUUAACCGUGCAAUAACUAGGCAUGUUCAAUGUUAUUGCUCACUUUUGCUGGUUUACACUAGUUUUAGUAGAAAUCACAGAGAGAAGUGGGGUGGGUUUUCUGUGCAAUAACGAUAAGUAUGUUGAGCAGUUGUCAAUGUUACAAGUCAUUUAUAGCACGUUUCAUUCAUUAACAGGUUUAACCCCACGGCCUCUGGUUAAACCUGUUAACUCAUGAAAGCCGUGCUAUAAAUAUAACUUAAUGUACAUGUACAAGCUUAAAUUGUGUAUUGAAUUGAAUGGAGCUCAAAGUCAUCAGACAAUUAUAAGCAAUAUUAGGGUAUUCCGAAUCAGUUUAAGCAAUUGAAUAUGGUGUUAAUCAAUUAUUCAGUGUACGUCUCAUCAGCACAAAACUUCAGCCAGUUUGAGACAAAAACGUGAGAAUGUUUAUUUUUAUACGCCCAUAUUUUCACAUGGACGUAUAUUGUCAUUGCCCCUGUCCGUCCAUCCACAAUUUAUUUGUGGACACUCUACAGGUCACAAUUUUUAUCCGAUUUGAUGAAACUUGAAAUAUAGGUUUAUAUCCCAAAGAUCUUGGUUCCUUUCGAUAUUGGACCGUAAAUUCAUGGAUUAUGGCCCCAGAUUGUACGGAAAAUCACGUUUUUAGUCUGUGGACACUCUAGAGGUCAGAAAUUUCAUCUGAUUUUGAUGAAACUUGAUAUACAUGUUAAUAACCCAAAGAUCUUGGUUUGUUUUGAUAUUCGCGCAUAUCGGACCGUAACUUCAUGGAUUAUGGCCCUUGAUUGUACAAAAAGUAACGUUUUUAGCUUGUGGUUCCUCUAGAGGUCACAAUUUUUAUCUGAUUGAAAAAAACCCUUGAAUAUAUCACUGUUACACACUAAUGACGGCUGAGUUCAAAUUUCGUGAAAAUUUUACCAAAACUGCCGGACAAAAUGGCCACCCCUUGUGGACCCUCUAGAUGUCACAAUUUUGAUCUGAUUUUGAUGUGGGCGUAUUUUGCCUGGCAGCCGCUGUUUUUUUUUUUAGCUUGCUCUCUAUCCAUGUCUUGUAUAAUGUGGGCAUAUCUAUGGCAGGAAACUACUGCGCAGACAGCAUGGUUUUGGCCUACUCUUCUUGAUUUACAACUGUCAAUAACUAUUUUACGUGCGUCAGUGUGUACACGAGCAGACCUAGCAUUUUUGUUGACUAGACAACACUUUAUUACAUAUGCAACACUUUACAUGGUUGGAAUAAGAAUUAGAUAAUGCAAUAAAAAGAGAUGGUCAGUAUGUAUGAGGUGAACCUGAUUUUAGUGAACCAUAUUUUAGUUUACAAAAAUACAUAUAAUUUUUUGUAUUGAUGUUUAUAAACAUUCAAAUUAGGCAAUAUUGAGGUGAACAAGUAAGUGCUAAGAGCCCUUUUUAGAAUGUUUAUUAUAUUUAGUGUUCAUCUGAGUUGUUUUGUUACUUAUUAUUUUAGUGUUGUGCCACUUACAAAGCUAUGUACAUAUAGCAAAUUUUAUAUAUUGAUCAUUAAUCUUGUAUACAAACACUCUUCUGUGAUCAUAUCUUUAUUAUAAAUACAUGUCUAUACAUCAUUGGUUCCAUUGAGCACUUUAUUUAGUCAUUUCUUGAUCAAACUGUGGAAGACAAUUAAUGGUACUGUUUGUUAACGAAUGACAUUUUUACUAGGAGUCUCUUAUCAUUGACUUUAUUACAUCCACACAGUUACAGACAGGAUUGUGUUCCAUACUCAUAGAACUAUAAAAUGGUAAUGAGAUAUUUAAACACAACAAACAUAAUUCAUAUAAUUAGUAAAUAACUGUACAAAUUUAAAGAGGCAGUAUGUGCUGGGAGGUAUUUCCAUGUGAUUCAACUAUUUAUAAAGUUAUAUUAAUGAUGUUCAAAUAUGAUUGCAUGCAAAAUUUGGGACAAUCUGCAAAGCCAUUGUUGUAAUAUUCAGAUAUUCACAUUUUACUUUAAAUAUACAAGUCGUACAAAUUAUUCAGUGGUUUUGAAUGAAUUAAACGAACUCGGGUGAAAAAUAUCUUGUAUCGCAGUGCUGGGGUUUUUAAUAGUUAUAAGGUUAUUUUGAAUAUAAUAAUGAUAUUAUUCAAAUUAAUUUUGAAAAUGACAAUGCUUUUUUAUGGAAUAAAACUAAUUUUAGGUAGCUAUUUCGUUAGUUGUAACACUUUAUUUACAAAUUACAAUAAGCAUUUUUAUACGCCCACAUGGAGUUAUGGCCCUUGUUUCACUUUGUUGCACCAUGAGAACGCUCUAACAACAAAAUUUAUCAACCGAUCUGUAUGAAAUUUAUAUGCAUCAUUUGAAUUAGUAAAACAAAGAAGCCUAUUGAAUUUCAGUAAUAUCCGUUAAUUACAUCUAGAGUUAUGGCCCUUGUUUCACUUUGUUGAAAUUAUUGAAACGAAGAAGCCUAUUGAAUUUCAGCAUUUCCGUUAAUUACACCAUGAGUUAUGGCCCUUGUUUCACUUUAUUGUACCUUGUGAAUGCUCUAACGACAAAAGUUAUUAUCCGAUCUGUAUGAAAUUUAUAUGCAUCAUUUAAAUUAGUAAAACAAAGAUGCCUACUUAAUUUCAGUAAUUUCCGUAAAUUACAUCAAGAGUUAUGGCCCUUGUUUCACUUUGUUGAAUCUUGUGAACACUCUAAUGACAACAGUUAUCAUCCGAUCUGUUUAAAAUUUAUAUGCAUCAUUUAAAUUAGUCCAACGAAGAAGUCUAUUGAAUUUCAGCAAUUUCUGUUAAUUAUGCCGUGAGUUAUGGCCCUUGUUUCACUUUGUAGUACCUUGAGAACGCUUGAACAACAAAAGUUAUUACCCGAUCUGUAUGACAUUUAUAUGUAUUGUUUAAAUUAGUUAAACGAACAAGCCUAUUGAGUUUCAGCAAAUUUCCAUUAAUUGCAUCUAGAUUUAUGGCCCCUGUUUCACUUUGUUGAAACUUGUGAAUGCUUGAACGACAAAAGUAAUCACCCAAUCUGUAUGAAUUCGAAAUUCAUAUGCAUCAUUUAAAUUAGUGAAAUGAAGAAGCCUAUUGAAUGUCAGCAAUUUCCGUCUUCUAGAGUUAUGGCCCUUGUUUUACUUUGUUGAACCUUGUGAACGUUCGAACGACAAAAGUUAUCAUCUGAUCUAUAUGAAAUUUAUAUGCAUUAUUUGAAUUAGUAAAACGAAAAAGUCUGUCGAAUUUCAACAAUUUCUGUAGAUUACUUCCAGAGUUACGGCCCUUGUUUUACUUUUUAGAACCUUGUGAACCCUCAAAUGACGAAAAUUAUAAUGUCAUCUGUAUGAAAUUGUCUAUUAAAUGCCCCUAAUUACCUACAAAAGAAUAAAUAUGUGACAACCCUUGUCAACCACUCGGACGAUUUAGCUUCUAUGGGCGUAUGUUUUGUUGCCUGGCAACCUACCUUUAUAUAUACCGUGGGCAUAUUAUAUCGUCACCCUGUCCGUCAUUUUUUGGCGGAUUCAUUUCAAAUUUGGUGUGAAGCAUUGCGGUUUGCAAUUUUCCGUUCCAGAAAACCUUGGGAACACAAUAUAGGCAACAGUUUUGAUGGAUUCUUUUCAGAUUUGUUGUGAAGCAAUUUUGUCAUGAGAGGACGAACCCUAUUGAUAGUCAGUGUUCUACAACUUUCUGUUCUGUAUUAGAUUUACUUGCAUUAUUUGAAAUAGUAAAACGAAGAAGUCUAUUGAAUUUCAGAAAUUUCCAUUAAUUACUUCUAGAGUUAUGACCCUUGUUUCACUGAGUUGAAUCACCCUGUGAAAGCUCUAAAGUCAAAACUUAUUGUCUGAUCUAAUUAAAUUUAUAUGCCUGUUAACACAAUAUAGGCAUAGUGUUAUGUCAGAUUAUUUUCAAAUUUGUUUUGAAGCAUUUUGGUCAUGAGAGGACGAACCCUAUUGAUUUUCAGCGUUCUGUGACUUUCUGUUCCGGAGUUCCACCCCCUUUGCUGAAAACCUUGUGAAUGCCAUAUAGACUACAAUUUUUGACCGAUUCUUUUCAAAUUUGAUGUGGAGCAUUGUGGUCGUGAGAGGACUACGACUUUCCAUUCCUGAGUUAUCCCCCCCCCCCCUUUGCCAAAAACCUUGUGAAAUUGAUAGAUCUUACAGGUUGGUUGAUAUUUUGUUGGAUUUCAGAAUUUUUACAAAUGUCCCUUAUUUUUAAAAAUGAUAACCUCACUGUUUUUGAGAUAAAAUUAUCAAGAUCAAUUACAGAUUUGUGCUUUAAAUUGUAUGACUUUAUUAUAAUCUGUUUCUGUAAAGUAUAAAGACUAAGAAGCAGGUAUAGACUUUUAUACGCCCACAUGUUGAUGUGGACAUAUGUUGUCGUCAUCCCUGUCCAUUCAUCCACAAUUUGUUUGUGGACACGCUACAGGUCACAAUUUUUAUCCGAUUUUGACAAAACUUGAAAUAUAGGUCUAUCUCCCAAAGAUCUCGGUUCCUUUUUAUAUUGGCAUGUAUCGGACUGUAACUUCAUGGAUUAUGGCCCCUGAUUGUACGAAAAAUCACGUUUUUAGGUUGUGGACACUCUAGAGGUCACAAUUUUGAUCCGAUUUUGAUGAAACUUGAAAUGCAUGUUUAUAACCCAAAUAUCCGAUUUUGACGAAACUUGAAAUAUAGGUCUAUCUCCCAAAGAUCUCGGUUCCUUUAGAUAUUGGCAUGUAUCAGACCGUAACUUCAUGGAUUAUGGAUCCCAAUUGUACGAAAAAACACAUUUUUUAGCUUGAUAAAACUUGAAAUGUAUGUUUAUAACCCAAAGAUCUUGCUUUCUUUCACUAUUAGUGCAUAUUCAUUGUAACAUCCAGGAUUAUGGACCCUUAUUGUACGAAAAAUCACGUUUUUAGCUUGUGGUCCCUCUAGAGGUCACAAUUUUUAUCCGAUUAAAAAAAAAACAUUCAAAUAUAUCACUGUUAAACUAUAAUAAUGUUUGAAUUCGAAUUUCGUGAAAAAAUAAUGGAUGCAUCCUGUACGCAAAUAGUGUUAUUUUAAAGUAUGUAAUAUCAAAGUUGUGGACCCUCUAAAAGUCACAAUAUUUUUCCGAUCUUGAUGAAACUUAAAAUAUGUUUAUAUCCAAAAAAUCUUGGUUCCUUUCGAUAUUCGUCCAUAUUGGAAUGUAACUUCCUGGAUUAUAGCCCCUGAUUGUUCGAAAAAUCACGUUUUUAGCUUGUGGACCCUCUAGAACUUAGAAGUUACAAUUUGUAUUCAAUUUUAAAAACAGUUUAAAUGUAUCACCGUUACACCCCAAUGAAGGUUGUGUUCGUAUUUCGUGAAACUGCCAGACAAAAUGGCUGCUCCUUGUACGCAAAUAGUCUACAAGUAUGUAAUACUGAGGUUGUGGACCCUCUAGAAUUCACAGUUUUUAUCUGAUCUUGAUGAAAGAUAAAAUAUAUGUUUAUAUAUCCUUUGGAUAUUGGACCAUAUCUUUCUGGAUUAUGUCCCCUGAUUGUACAAAAAAAAUUGCAUUUUUCUUCUUUUUUUUUUUUUAGCUUGUUCUCUGUCUAUCUCUUCCAAAAUGUGGGUGUAUCUUGCAUGGCAACUGCUGGUUGUUAAAAAUAUGCAUUGAUACAUGUAUCAUAUAUUGUUAUAAACAUCUUUGACUUAUUGUUAUAUAUGAUUAUUUAUUUGUUGUUACAUUAUUGUCAAAUACUAUAAAUAAAAUUUACAGCCUC